AGCUGCUAAGGUGCCUACAGCCUAGCGUGGCGGCGGCGCAUCAUAAGUUUGACGUUAUUAGUCCGUGAAUGCGACUGUGAAAUUCCAUCAUCAAAGCUUCUUUUUUCCCCAAGUUCACGUUGAACCAGCGCAGCAAUGGGUAAAGGAACAGACAAGCUCUAUAUUACACACUCAGAGUGGUCCUCAGCCGACGCCUUCUCCCCCAGUGUUGGCGCAGGCGCGUCUUCUCGCAAUCAAAACGCCAGCGCAUCAUUUCGCCGUCUUCCCUUUAACUUUUGCGCCGCCAGUCUCCAACCCUUCAAGAACCCUGUCUGCACCCCCGAUGGAACGAUUUUCGACGUUGAGGUCAUCGGCGCCUGGCUUGACAAGCAUCCCAACCAGAACCCCGUCACUGGCGAGCCUCUACAAAAGAAAGAUCUGAUACGUCUUAAAUUUGCUCGGAAUUCAGAAUCAGAUUCUCUUGGCGCGGGCUUGAGCGACGGAAAAGGCGACUUGAUCGAUCCGGUCACCUACAAAGUCUUCACCGACAACACACAUAUUGUUGCCAUUCGUCAUGGGACCUACGCCAAUGUCUUCGCUUGGGAUACGGUCGAGCGUAUGAAUAUCAAGGCCAAAUCCUGGCGCGACUUGGUCGAUGACGAAGAGUUUACUCGCGCCGAUAUAAUUACACUCCAAGAUCCCCAGAAUGCGGCCAGUCGCAACCUGGACCAGUUCAAGUACCUGAAGGAUGGCGAGCAGGCGCAAUUGACCAAGGAACAGGAAGACGAGCGCAAUGCCGGCAACAUCAACUCCAGUGCAUUAGGAAACAUGGGCGACAAGGUUUCGCGUGCGAAAGCCGCGGUGGAGAAGGCGCGCAAGGCUCGUGAGCAGGGCGGUGAUAUCAAUCGUAGCUCGACUGCCCUCACCAAGCCUGCUGCUGCUAACAAUGUUGUCCGCCACUCUAUGAUCAAGGACAAGAAGCUGGCUGCUAACUCGGCAGCGUACACCACGGGCAAAGCCGCAGCUAGUUUCACCAGCACAGGACUGACACCUGAGACGAGCGGCGAGAGAGCUCUGCUGACGGAUGAGGAGUAUAUGCUAAAGCCCAAGCGAGUCAAGACAACCGGGUAUGCCAGAAUAGAAACAAAUCUGGGCGACAUAACAAUCGAGCUGUACCCUGAGUUUGCACCGAAGGCCGUGUGGAAUUUCACCAGGUUAGCACAGACUGGCUACUACAAGGGUGUAGCCUUUCAUCGAAACAUCCCAAACUUUAUGAUUCAGGGCGGUGAUCCAUCAGGCACGGGCCGAGGCGGGCAGAGUAUAUGGGGGAAGUAUUUCGAUGAUGAGUUCGAUGGUCCAAUGUCACACAGUGCCCGAGGAACGAUCUCUAUGGCCAACAAGGGCAAGAAUACAAACUCAAGUCAGUUCUUUAUAGCGUAUAAGCCCACGCCACACCUCGACCGCAAGCACACAGUCUUUGGAAAGGUUGUCGAGAAUCUCAAUGUUCUUUCCAAGAUGGAGGAUGUACCUACAGAUGGGUCUAACCGACCCCUCAACAAGAUUGUUAUCAAAGACAUCGUUAUCUUUCACGAUCCUUUCGCCGAGUUUCAGAAACAGAAACAGGAAAACGAGCGUCAGACUAAGGAACAGGAGAAGAUUCGGUUACAAGGUGGCACGGACGAUGACAAGACAACAUGGACCGGCAAACGGAUACGCAAUGACGGCACUGUUGAGAGCACAGGAGCCGGUGAGAGCGUUGGCAAAUACCUAAAGACCGCAACUCAGCAGAGCACAGCGACGACCAACGAGGCUGAUAUUGAGGGCGUUGACACGUGGGAGGAACCAGCACGCAAGAAGAUUAAGGGGGGUGGUUUUGGAAACUUUGACAGUUGGUAAAUUAAGCAAUGGGAAACAGUUUAUCCAUGUUAGACUGCAAUGCGCCGGUAAUCCAUCCAAAAGGUGCUGGGUAUGUGCACUCUACAUCUCGUCUCAUCUAACAGAAUUAUGCUAAGAAUUGAGAAAAGCCCGUUGGUAUUACAACCAUGACAUACAACGUGUCGCCAUAUGUCUCAAUUCGAUGCCCGAUCGAAUUGUGAAAAGUAAUGGGAAGCGUAUCUAACUAUCGCACACUCAAGUCAGGCUCGGCGUGCAGAUGGAUUAGACUGUUGAGGGUAGAGCGUUUGCGUCAACCGUGGGAAGCUUGCUGAGAAGUGAUGGGCUAAGAGUAGGUGGGUUAUCCUUCUCCUGCAAUAGUCCCGCAACCACACGCGCUUGCUCCAGACCAGCUUCUCUGUGGAUAGCUUGCAGGCCCUCGAUGGCAUAUUGUUUUGUUUCUGGCGAAUAUGCCGAUGACAUACCGAGCAUGUACAACGGCCAGAUGAUGGUAUUAUUUGCCGACGCAAGGCUCAUGAAACGAGUGGCAUCGUCGGUGUGAGGCGUCGACUGCGUUGGAUCAAAUAGUACCGGACUACCACCGCUGCUAGAUGUAUCCUCUCCCGGGCCGACUCGAGAGUCUUGCGCAAACGGCGACGAUAUAACACGGCAUGCUUGUUUCUUGGCAGCAAUCGAAACCGUGUGCCCUUGGUCCUUCCUGUUGCUUAUGUCCCGGAUACUGACAACUCCGAGGUGCUGGGGAACGCUGGCUGCAAUUGAUUGUCCUAGCAUAUCCAACACUUUGAGAGAUUUGGCAAGUAACUCGAAAUGAUUGUCUGACAGUACAGUGCGGUCAGCCGAUUCCGAGGCAGCGCAAAGCUGCUCGACGAGUGUUUCUAGCAGCAUCAUCCUUAUUCCGCGCACCAUAUUCCAAGUGGUGGAUUGAAGAAGCCCAGCAUAGACGUGGCAUAUUUGUCCUGAUACUCGAGGGUCCGGUUGCGUCAGCUGUACGCGAUGGUACUUCCAAGAUUCUGGCAGUCCGGACAGUAUCGAUGAAAAUUCCUCCUCAACAUUUGAUACGGCGGUGACCACACCAUCAAGAUCGACUAGUUUUCUCGUGUUGAUAUCGUAGCGCACCUGUAGUGCUUUGUAUAUGGGGUAUGCCACAUGAAAGUCGGGUCCUCCAAGUUCUUCGGAAGGGGGAAUCUCGUGUCGGAGGUCUAUUAGUGUUUGUGGCAUAGGUAGGCCGCUCUGUAUGCAGCUUAUAAGAACUGUAUGGCAAAGCAUGAGAAACAUGCGAGCACCAGCUUUGCUUCGAAACUGGGCAGCACCUCUGAUGUUUGCCAGGGCAGCAGCUCCGUUAACGUGGUCUUGCCAGGCACGCAUCGUAUGGGAACUGUAUCCCGAAACAAACUCGAAAGUGCCGAGUAUCAAGACGGCGAGCAUGGUUGUGUCUUUUACAACUUCAAUUGGGUCGCGAAGUGCACGGUGCGUCAAUCCGAGGGCGAUAGCAUAGCUCUCUUGUGCCCGUGUCAUAAGAUCUGGUGAUCGAAAAACCUGUGAGCAUCCUGCAAGUCCGACAGCUGUCAUACUGACAGUGACUGGAUCAACUUGAGCCUGCGCCGAGUCCGGAGGUUUCCAUACAUCGUAUAUGAAAGCAUAGUUUUGAUAGGAGCCUCUAUCGGCUACAACGUAGCGAGAGAAGAAGAAAGCAGUGCCCUGGUCUUGUAGUUCGGGUGAUAGAGCACCAUCCAAGUGAUCGCGACCUUCAGUUGGUUCACUUGGACCAAUGACAUCGUUGUCAUCACCCGGGCUUUCAUGAGAGGUUUCCGAUGGAGACCGGCUCCAGUCGUUAAUCAAAGCGGAAAGGACAGGCGCCCGGCAACGAGUGUUAGAUUUCCGAGCACGUCUGGCCUUGACCUUGUUCGAUUUCUCUGUCUUGGUGGCAGGGGCAGGGGCUGCACUGGACCUCGGGUCAAUGGCGAACGUCGGUGGUGACUUGAUAGUCACAACGGAUGGUGGGGGAGAUGUUGAGGCCGAGGCGAGCUCCUGGCUAACAGGACUCUUUUGUGAUCGAUUAGAUCGAGCCCGUGUCUUGACCGCUUUCUUAAUAACAUGGGAGCUUUCAUCUCUAAACAUGAGAUCAACGAGAUUGCGAUAGCCGGGGCAUGGCUGAUUCUUCUUCUCGCAUUGCGUGCAUGCCGGCUCCUUUUGGUCACACUUGAUUUUGAUAUUCACAUGUCAGUAAGAGCACU